CUCUGAUUUAGUGCGAAGCUAUCAUUGUAUUGCAGUGCUUCCGGUUAUGGCUGCUCCCUGUUGUUUGUGAAAUUUUGCUAUUCACAAUGUCAAAGUUAUUUUAUAAAUUAUCAGCCGUAUCAUCGACUGGACUGAUUCCUAGAUCCAUCAAUUACUUCUCAACAUUGUGCAGAAAUCUUCCCUCAUCUUUGACAAAUGGAACAAACUUACUUCCUACCGCAUCGGCUGCUGUAAAUCCAAGCCAUGGAACUAUUUUAACACAGAAUGACCAAAAUCCUGCUGUUCUGCAGCAAUCAGUGCGAUGUAAGAAAGUUGUCAAGUACAAACCAAAUGUAUGGAAACGCAUACACAUGAAUAGUCUUCAUAGACGCAUACUAACAAAAGGAGGCAUUGAAACUAUAUGGAAACGACUCCUAAAAGGACGCCAUGUGCUUGUACCUUACGAUGGUUUUCUUUUUGAUAAGUCUAAGAAAACAAAACACUCAUUAACUCAACCAAAGAUUUACAGAGAGAACAGAUUCAUUAAAAAAGAGUUUGUAAAAAAGAAAUCAUUCUUAGAUAGGCCAUCAGCCUAUUAAAUGGAAUUUUUAUCUGUGUGUAUUUGACUUUAAAGACUGAAUUAAAGUUUUUGUUAUUUUUCUUCUAUAA